UGUUUGCUCAGCUGCGUGCUGGGAAGUUGCUUUAAUUUCAACAAAUGUUAAAUUGGGAGGCCCCAAAGAGGACAAAGUGUACACAGGAGAACAACAAGGGACAUUCAAAUGUGAACUCGCAAAACAAGGGAAAAUGUGCAGCAAUUGGUGGAUUUUCAAAUCACACAAUUACAAAAUCUAGAUUGAUUACAUAAAAUAUGAAACAUAUGUUCAAAAGCAUACUUUUCACAGCACCCACCCCAUAGUUCCCUUAUCUCCUUUUACCUACUCAGGUAUAAAAAGAUGCUUACACCAGCAGUCACUUUCUUGAGACAGCAACCAUGUACCGGACUACUCUCCUGACCCUCCUUGUUACUGUUUGUGUGGUCAAUGGUGCCACUCUGCCAAAAGCGUUAUGGCAAUUUGGAAACAUGAUCCAAUGUGCUCAACCUGGAGUCAAUCCUUUCAUCUUCAAUGAAUACGGCUGCUGGUGUGGCUUUGGAGGAAAAGGGACCCCUGUGGAUGAACUGGACCAGUGCUGUAAAGUGCAUGACAAUUGCUAUGCAACUGCCAGAAGACUUCCUGGAUGCACAGCUAUUGCAGAUCUCCCUUAUGUUCUGGUUUAUGAUCACACCUGCUCCAAUGAGAGAGUCACCUGCUCAGACACUAAUGAUAAGUGCCAGGCUGCUGUGUGCGAAUGUGACCGUGUUGCAGCUCACUGUUUCGCUGAGAAACCUUACAACCCUGAAAACAAGAACCUGGAUUCCAAAUUCUGUGUUUGAGUUGAAAAAUAAAAC